AUCUUUAUCUUCUUUUUCUCUAUGUGUAGACAUUCACACACAUACACCCAAACAAGAAAUGCAUAAAAUUUCAUGAAACAAGAAGUUACGUUGGAGUGAUAUAAUUAGAGGUGAAAUGUUUACAAAAUAAAAAAUAAAUACUCACGAGGAGCAACUAAUCAUUACAGAGGCGCUUCACUUUCGUUCCAUCUCUACGUCUUCCCGCCCCCAUGGCCUCUUCUAUAUCUAAGUACCAUCACUCUGUGUCUUUCUCAACGAUCAGUGUUAAUCAGCGCGGGAACGCCGAAGAAGCAACAACAAGAUGAUUCGUUGGAUCUCUCUCUGCACGUUUCUUUUUGUUUCUGGUGUCAUUGAGCUUUCUUAUGCUGUCGAAUUCCAGGAUUGUGGUUCUAAGAUUGGACAUUUCACAAAAAUUACCGUUUCUAAUUGUGAUACUUCCAAAGCAGCAUGUGAAUUCGUUCGAAAUACUAAUGCAAGUCUAAUUAUAGACUUUAUACCAUCUCAGGAUGUUUCAGAAGUAGAAGCAGUUGUUCAUGGUAUAAUUGCAGAUGUGCCAAUACCAUUUCCUUUACCACAUCCUAAUGUGUGUACAAAUUCUGAAUCUAAUAUACAGUGUCCUUUGAAAAAGGAUACUCAAUAUACUUAUAAAGCUGUUCUACCAGUCGAUCCAAAGUAUCCUAGGUUGUCAGUUACAGUUAAGUGGGAACUUCAAAAUGAGAAUAAAGAGGAUAUUAUUUGUGUUAAAAUACCAGUAAAAAUUAAAUAGAAACCUCAUAUAUGUGAAUAUGAUUAUUUUUACUUAUAAUUAUUUACUAUUUUCAAUUAAUUAUGUUCUUAAUGAUAUUGGUCUGUAAUUAUUAUAAGUAUAAUUGAUUUAUAAAAAUUAAAAUUAUGAAAUAAUCCUUAGACAAUGUUUAUUAUGCCUAUAUUUCGAUAAAUCUGGCAUAUGGAAGUAUUUCUUGGUAUAUUAUGAAAGUUCGUAAAAAUUAACAAACUGGUAAGAAAAGUUCAUCGAAAAUAUUAUUUAUAUUUCUUUAUGAUUUAUCGAUGACAAUAAUAAAGAUGUAUUUAAAAGCUUAGUAAAUAAAAGAUUGUUACAUGUA